AAGUUGGUAUUAGGGCACACGCUCCAAUUCCUCUCUUCUCGUCUCGACGACGCCAUGGGAUAUCCCGGAGCAGAAUGCGAGUAUGAAAGCCUUCGAAAGGCCCGAAUUUCAGAGAACAAGGCUAGAAUGGCCUCUCUUAAACUAAAUCGCUGUGCCGAUGAGCUUCGCUCCGCGGUUUCUUCUCCAAAAUCGAGUAAAACAAGCACCAAAAGUCCAGCCAAGGAGAAAGUUAAGGGCUUGGGUUCUGGUUCCCUUCGGCGCUCUGAUCGAUUGAGAGGGAAGCCUGCAAACUUAGAUCUACCAUCGGAAGCUGAUUUUUCAGUGGCAGCACCAAGAAGAAAGUUGGCAACGCCGGCAUGGAGGAAAAUGGGGUUGGGAAGCCGUGGAGGUGGUGCGCGGGGAAGCGUCUAUGAUUCUGUGCUGGGGAUUUGCUGCCAUUUCUGCAGACAAAAAAAAUUGUGUGGUGAAGAAGAUUGCAAGAGAUGUAGUACUGGGAAUAUCAACCAACCUUGCAUUGGCAAAACGGAAUGUUCUGUGUGCCAUUCUUCUAAUGGAAUCUUGUGUCGUGCUUGUCUCAUGAUUAGAUAUGGUGAAGAAACUACUUUAUUGAACACCUGAAAAUCAGCUUCUUAAACACCACCACUAUGAAAGAAUAAGUCCACUCAAAUGUUCAUU